AUGGCACAAGACAUGCGCAAUGUCUCCGAGGUACCGGUCUCAGACAAGGUACUACGAGACCUGGCGAAGAACGUGGCGAAAAUCUUGCCCGACUUUGCGGGGAAAGAGCCUGCAAUUGGCGUGAAGGAACUGCAUGAUAUCUUGAAUCCAGUACUGGAAACUGCAGAUUUGCCGGAAUUGGAAAAUAGUCAUCGUGCAGCUGCAUCCAAUGCCCUGUGCGCCAUCAUCGAGUAUUGCGCGGCUUCGGAUUCUGACCAUGUGCGGGAAGCAAUCUUGGACGACUCAAUAUGGUUCAGGAUAUUCAACAUCUACCUUCAAAGAUCUGGCGAUGCGAAGGGCAAGUCGAUGAGGCAAAUGCUUUUUGUCCUCUCAAGUGUCAUUACCAAAGACCAGAGUCCACGCGCUGUCAACCUUCGGAGCCGGUCUACAGCCUCAUUCUUGGACAUCAUCUGUGAACGAGAAGAUCGAAUCAAGGUUAAACCAGCUUUGCAGGGUCUUGCCCACUUCUUGCUCCGUGACGUCGUCUCGAUCACACAGUUGGUCAAGCUAUUCGAUGAACGACGAGAGCAAUCAUCAGAGGAAGCUAAAGAGCCUGUUACCACGCAAACGGUAUUCAAGUCAUUUCUGGCCUGGGUCAUUCACCAUGACACAGCUCUCUCUGCAGGCCACUUGGUCAAAAAUUUCCUAGUGCAGGCUCGCAGACUACCGGACUAUGGGGUACAAAAUUCCACACAGUCAAUCUCGCCUUUCUGGAUCGAACCAGUAGUAGAAACUCUGCACGACUGGCCGGAUCGGAUACAGGAGUUCAAAACGCAUGUCUUCCCGCACUGUUUCCAACCUGACAUCACCGAGUAUACCCGUUUUCUCGCAUACUUGCGGUUUGGAGUACAUGUUCCGCAUAACAGUAACCUACCACCUCAGCUUGCUGGAAAUGGUGGGCAGAAGACUUCUCUUGAUGAGAAUGAAGAGUUUAGCAUUCUCCUAGCAGCCAUAGCGACAGGAAAAGAGCUUACUAUUGUCAAAGACCGGGAUCAUAGAGCAGGAAGAGACAUUGAAGUUUCUGAUGGAGCACUCUACCUACCAGACGAUAUCGCAGGAACCUGGAUGUCCAAUCCAGAACCCGAAGUGCGACUAGCGGGAAUGUUUCUUUCGGUGUACUCAACUUCUGUCACGAGAGCCAUCAGCGGCGGUGUCUUGCAAGCACUAAAGCGUAACCUUGUUCAUCUACAUACCGACACUGAUGCGAACUUCCGUCGAGAAGUACACGGAUACACACAAAAGCUUUUUGAUCGUUUGAGGGCAAGUACAGCCACACUUGCAAAGUCAAAAACGAAAACUAGUGCCCCUGGGCAAGUACGACUACCUUUUCCCAGGAUGGGCUCUAGCUCAAAGCCAACGGUGAUUGGAAGAUCGCAAGAGGACCCACUCUGUGAAUCCUUGGCAUUUUUAGUCUGGUAUAUACGAUUUCUUGAAUGGGAGCUACGCCCAACUGCAUCUUACCAGAGUCGCAUCACAGCACUGAGAUCACUCACAAUUGUUCUACGGUCAGGCGUCGACGCCGGAGUCCCAUUUGCUAGUCUUUCCAAGUCGGCACAAGGACAGCUAAACUGGGCUCAUGGAAUGCAGAUUGGAAGGCCAAAACUUGUACGCUCGCUACUGGAUCUUAUAUCGGACCCUUUCGAUGACAUUAGAGACGAAGCUGUGUCGGUCCUACAGUUAUGCUUGGUAGCACUACCGAAAGAUGAUAGAGGUAGCGUCAUGUCAACUAUACCGCGCUUCGUAUCCCGAGCUGAGCAUACGAUGCUCCAAACAGGUCGGGCAGACCAAGCAGACGGAGUUGCUCGUGCCUACGGGAUGAUAUUCAACUUGGCCAGCAAUGACGCAGUUGAGGUUGCGAAUGGACCAUUUUCAUCCAAGCUAGGACUAUUCGAACACCUAAAAAAGCAGCUCAAAGAUACACUGGCUGUCGCUCAUAGCGAUCUCUCUCAGGCUGUUGACGGCCGGCCUGUACAUGGCACCUUUGCUGCGUUACGAUACAUGGUCGACCAGCCCGACUUCUACGCACUUGUAUCAAAUGCAACAGGGGAUGAUCUCGCGAAAUGGAAGCAGCUUCAUGGUGAAGUAGUGGUCGGUAUCGAGAGUCUCUGGUCAUGUGUCUACCAUGUUCUUUGCGCGGAUGCACCGGAAGGCCAUGUUCCUGACGAGCUGGAAGACGAGGGCAGUUUGGACACCAAGGAGAUCUUGAGCUACUCGUGGAGAGGUCUUAAGGAAGCAAGCGUGUUAUUGCGUACCAUCAUCUCCAAAGCACCCAUAGGCGACAAAGAGAGCGAUCUUGUGACGCCGCAGCUCUUUCAGAAGUUGGGAAGGCUUUGCUUUACCCAGCUACUGGAACUCCGCCAUCGUGGUGCGUUUUCGACAGUAUCUCAGACGUUCGCAGUCUUUUGUCGUCGUUGCUCAUCGUCAAACCUCGUAUCCCUCCGUGCUCUGCCAGAGAUGUGGUACCAGGAAACACUUCGUUCGAUCCAGGCCAAGUCAGAUGCCAUUACCCGAAGAUCUGCGGGUAUACCAGCAGCCAUGUCUGCUCUACUAGCAGCAGAGCCCCAGCCGGGAGGCAAGCUCUUCCCUCGCGCCAUGAAGGAUCUUAUAGCAGAAACACUUGUUGAAGCUCAGAGUGCCAACAUUGAAGAGAGCCGUCUACCUCAAGUGCACGCACUCAACUGUAUCAAGGAAAUAUUCACUACAUCCAAGCUCAGCGUAGCGUCCGAAGCGUACAUUGGUCAGGGUCUUGAGCUUGCAGCCAAAACCUUAAACUCCCACAUCUGGCCUCUACGCAACUGCAGUCUGAUGCUGUUCAAAGCGCUCAUAGAACGACUGCUAGGCAGCGAUGAAGCUCAAGACUGGAAAGAGCGUGAGCGAGCAAAGACUUCACGUUUCUCCUACGACAACUACCCGAGCCUCGUCAACAUCCUAAUCGAUCUCCUGGAGCCAAGUAGCGACCGCAAAAUCAUGAAUACGCCCGAGACUGGUAGCUCACCUCUUGAUCUUCAUGGCGCAGAGGGCGUCUUCCCUGCACUUCAGAUUCUACGGCAAGCCCGGCCACCGGGCGAUAUCAACAAGAUCCAGGCCUUGGUUAGGGACUUGCUACCGAGCCCGCACUGGCACAUGCGGGAUAUGGCUGCUAGGACCAAUCAUAACGGACAGCAUGGUAGGCUUCUGGUUGUCAAGUAUCUGCUUAGAAAGAUUCUUCGGGAUCCGGCGCAGUGCUCCCUGCAAAAUAUCGUCAUGCUCAUGCAACAGGUCUGCAGACAUGCGCCGAGCUGGUAUACGUCCAGCAAUUGCGUUUUCAAAGAUGCCACGUCAAUCCUCUUUGCAUGGGAGGACCUCACGGCGGGUGUAUCGAUCGGACCGGAACACAACAUCGGGCCCAGCGACCACCAAGGCGAUUCUCUGCUCCGGACAUCUCUAGCACGUGUCUACUUCAUCGAUCGCGUAAUUCUGCGUGAGAAGUCACUCGGCGUAAUGGUAUCAGACGACUACCAAGACGUUGGCGAUGCACUCAUGCUCCUCGCAACCGAAGACCCAGAUACAUGCCUUGACGCAUUGGAGACCCUAGACACCAUCAUUACUUCCAACCCCUCCUCUACUAUAACCAUCCCCCUCUCCCUAGUCCUCGCCCACAUCCACCGUCUCGUCCUCUCCGCUACCGACCCAGAAGUCAUCUCGAAAGCGCAAUCCGUCCUCGCCUCCGCCCUAACCACAACCCCCCACCUAACCCACUCCUUCUUCGCCACCACAACACCCCAAAACAUCUUCACCACGCUCUCAAAACUAGAGUCUCAAUGCCUCACCGCUCCACCCUCAAACACGCAAUCCGCCCUCCACCUCCUCGGCCCCUUCCUCGACACUGCAUACGCCACCACCCCCCCAUCUUCUCCCGCUCGCAAAGAAAUUCUAUCGGCGAUAGCCCGAUACAUCCGCAUCAUACGCUUCGCAACAACAGACACAAACCCCUUCCCCACGCGCUUCGCAGCCGCACAAUCCCUAGCGUCUCUAUCCCACAUCUUCACGCUUACCCCUCGCUCCCGCUCCACAGCACCCCUACUGCUCGCCCUCGUAUUCCUCCUCUACACCCUCCUCCACGACGACGACGAUGAAAUCAGAGAUCUCGCCGCACGCACCACAGGCAGUUUUCUCCGCGCCCAGGGCGUCAGGUUCAAAGACACAGUGCCUGUGCUGUGUGUACACCACCUCGGUGCUUUUCUCUGCCGUACCGCUGCGAAUACAGCGACGUCGAAACACGGGUUCACGCAGCCACUGCUGAGGGAAGCAGGGAGACGGUUGAAUACGUCCUGGGACAAGGGGUUCAGCGAGGCGUUUGAGGAGGUGAGAAGGGAGGAUACGAGUCUUUUUGCGAGGGAGAGGCAGAAUUUGUAUGUCGAUGAUGUUGUUGAUGGGGUGUUUUUUGCGAGGGUGCUGGGGUGGGUGCUUGCUUCUGGUGCAUUGGCAUCGGGAGCUGGUGCAGGUGAAGAGGUGGUGAAGGGUCUGAGUACUUGGGUUCGAGAUGGAUUGGGUGUGCUGGAGAUGACGGCUACGGCCCAAGAUGACGGCGCGUUGGGGUGGUGUAGCAAGGAUGAGGUGUUUGCACUGAGUAUGAGAGUUUUCGCUGUGGCGGAAGUUGUGCUGGGGGCGCGUUGUGGGGGCAAGAGUGAGAACGUGGAGCGUGUGGUGCAGUGUCUGAUGCGCUUUUGCAAGGUAGCAGAGGAGAAAGAGGUACAUGGGUUGUGGAUGGAGCGGAUCCAGGGGAUUUGUGAGAGGUUUGUGUUGAGGAGUCUGGGACGAGUGAGGAAGAGUUUGGUGGUGUGA